AUAAUAGAGGCGUUUGCUCAAACUGUGCAGACGAAAAACGAGAACCCUCAAGAAGUUAUUUUAUUCAGAAAGUUGAAGAUCAGGCUGACUUUAGAUCACCUCUUUUCGAACUAAAAUUUGUCGUCAAACUUCCAGCAUGAAGGAGGAAGAUAAAAGAAAGAGGGGUUUCCAUGGUAACGGAAACCAACAUAUGUAUUUGCUGGUCCUAGCGAUGACCGGAGUUUUCUUCGCCACCCUUUCCUCUGCUCAAGAAGUGGAAUACUCCAGUGUAAGUUUCAUCAGUUCCGAGAACGUGUACCUUCUACCGUGUGUCUACCGGGGAGUCCCCUAUUCCCAUGGAGAGAGUUGGACGGUGAACGAUUGUAGCACCUGUACCUGUGCAAACUCCACCAUAGAAUGUGUGAUCCUUGGCUGCCAACCCACUAACUGUGACAAUGCGAUACAUCCGCCCGGCGAAUGUUGCGCAAUGUGUCCCAACAUCGUGAAUGUCAGUGACGUUGCUCCCGUUGCAAGGGUCACGUCGACUCCCAAGCUCAUGUCCGGCAAGAAAAACCGGAUGCUGCUGAAUGUCUCUAUCAGCUUCCAUGAGACUGACUUGACGACGGGUGUCCAGGGCGAGGACCUCUGGAACAUGACCAUCUGGACAAGCCGGAAUCCCAACGGGGAAGGCUUCGCCUAUAGCGUCGCCAAGAACGUCCUCAAUGCUGAACAAAGAUCUCAGAGACACCGUAAGGGCAAGAAGUUCCCUAAGCUGAGGAACAUCCCGUACACCCUUGACGCUCGUAGGAUGUCUUGUGACGACAUGCAGUACAUAUGCGUCCGCUUCGAGCAGGCUAUCAAUCCAGGGCACGUCAACAGAGCUUACGUGCCCUUCUUCUUCUCUGGACACCCAGACGACAAUGUCCUCACGGGUUGUACACCUGCACCAAGAUGUAAAAUUGUAAAACCGAAAUCGGUACCAACGACAGCUAGGCCGACAACCACUCUCCUAACGACAACAACUCCCACGACGAUUCCAACGACAUGGCCUCGAUGGACAACAGCAUGGCCUCGAUGGACUCGUGCACCAACUCUUCCUCCUACACGUCCUCCUACACGUCCUCCUACACGUCCUCCUACACUGCCGCCUACUUUCCCACCAACCCUACCACCAAGACGGACAACACGAAGACCAAAGUUGAAGAAGACCAAGGAACCGAAGCGCACUCCAGCGACGCUUCCGCCGACACUUGCGCCAUUGACAACGUUAAAAUUGAACGAGGCGUUGGCAGUUGGGUCAACGAUGUACGCUACGUUGCCUCCGACAGUGCGUCCGACAACGGGUCUUCCUUAUAUACCAAGAUUUGUGCCAGAUGAUUCAGAGUCAAAUGAAGCAUUUGAAUUAGUACCAAUGUAUCCGCUGGCUCCUCAGAGAAAUUAUAACAGACCAAGAAAUCGGAACAGAGUGCGUAACAGGUGGAGAGCACAACGGUUUAAAGUUGCAGCUGAAGCCGCCGGGUUUUCUUCAGAUGAGGUGACACAAAUAAAACAAAAGAAAAUAUCUCGACGUCGACAACAGGCGGCCAAACGCAAACCAGAACAACCAUUACCACUUACACAAGAACAGCAGGAGUACAGACAACAACAACAGUUAUACCAGCAACAGCAGCAACAAUAUAAUCAGCAAGUUCAAUAUGAGCAACUACAAUACGAACAGCAACGGAAGCAGCAAUAUCAACAGCAGCAACAACAAUACUAUCAGCAACUGCACCAGCAGAAUAAGAAUAACCCAUACCCAUACGGCAAUGUGCAAGAGGGGCAAAUAAACCCCUUGUUUCAACGAGAAAGGGAGAAAGCAAUAGCUGAAGGAACAUUGCUUGGACCACAACAAGGUUGGCCGGCUGCAUACAACAAUGGAUAUACAUGGCAACAGUAUAUGGACGACAACACGGAUUAUAACUCCCAGGAACGGUGAACUUAGAGGAUUUUGAAUAUAUUAAAAAUAAAGAGAUAUAUGAUUCAACUCCUAACGGACAUACUGAAUUGGUCUACAAGAACUCCGAUCGAUAUUUAUUGCAAUAUGAUUUUAAAAGAGGUGAGAUAAAUGUGUAUUGGUCUUUUAAUAUGUCCAAUUAGCGCAUCUGAUGAAAAAAGUGACAAUGCUGAAUACUUUGAGUUGAUGUGUUAAGCUUCGUGGAACAAAAGUUACGGAAAAUGAUCUAUUGGUCACUAUAUGGUUACAGCGAAUCCCUAAGAUUUUACUGCUCAUGUAAUAGUAUUAGGCCUAUGAGCCUCCGGAGAGUUCUCCAUGUGUUUUAACUCUUUGGAAACUGGGAUAUUGGCUAAAAACACAAGAGAGGAUAAAUAUAUGUGUUUUUCAAAGUAAAGAAAAGAAUUAGCAAUAUCAAUGAAGUUGCAAUGACGCUUUGACAUACUAGCUUUGCAAUAAUUGCAUGUGGGACGGGAAUCAAAGUAGCACAUUUAAAGAUUUUUUUUUGUUCGGUACAUACAUGAUAUUCAUGUAGGCCUACAACAAUAUUUGGAAACUACUAAUGGAUUUCACAAUUGGGGCAACAAGAACUCAUACUUCUCAUUUUUAGAAAAUCUUUUUUUUUUGUUGGGGGGGGGGGAUGAGUGAUGACAUGUGCACAUCUCACUUAGCUCUCUUACCCCCCCCCCCCCCCAAAAAAAAAAAAAAAAAACACAAACAAAUAAACAACCAUCAAACCACUACACAUAGCAGGGAGUGUAAUCAUAUUGCAUGCAGUGUGUGGACAUUUCUGAAGUCUCGUUUGCUCUUAGCAACAAGAUACUGGUGCUCUUCAUAUUCCUGGAUUGAACUGGAUGAGACAUUUUUUUUAAUAUAGGGGAUUUUUUCUCCCCCCAACAGCGAUUACAUUCAUACAGGAAACUCCCAAUAUUUGUCCUUUAUGUAAACUUUGACGUGUUUGAGGAUGUCCUUCAUGAAUUAAAAUGAUUUCCCCAAGAAUAUGUCUUAUUUGUCAUAUAGAAGCUGCAAUUGUAUGUAUAAAUGUAUAUAAAUAUGAAAUAAUGCAAUGUUACUGUGAUUUCACAGAAAUAUACAAUAU